CGGAGCGUACACAGCGCGGGGCAUUUUGGGAGCGGGAUUGUUUCGCGCAGGAAGCAGGCUCCAUUUUAGCGCCGCUCGCCGUCGCCAUCUGUUUUCUUUCCCUCCCUUUACGCUGCCCGGGCCCGAGCCCCAACGGAGAGACUGCGCCUCGAGAGCCGGAGACAGGAGCGGAAGGAGGGCAGGGAAAAGGGAGGAAAGAGAGAAGCGGCCGUCGAGGAGGGCGCGUGGUCGAGGCCCAGUGCGGAGCGCGCAGCCCGUCGGACGGACUGACGGACCGGCCUGUGCGACCCCCGCCAUGGAGAACUUAAUGUUCUAGAUGAUAUUUUAACUGAAGUUCCAGAACAGGAUGAUGAACUGUAUAAUCCUGAGAGUGAACAAGAUAAAAACGAGAAGAAGGGAUCAAAAAGAAAAAGUGACCGAAUGGAAUCUACUGAUGCCAAGCGACAAAAGCCUUCUGUCCAUUCAAGACAAUUGAUUUCUAAGCCAUUAAGCUCAUCUGUUAGCAAUAACAAAAGAAUUGUUAGUACAAAAGGAAAGCCAGUCACAGAAUAUAAAAAUGAGGAAUAUCAAAGAUCUGAAAGAAACAAGCGUCUAGAUGCUGAUCGAAAAAUUCGUCUGUCAAGCAGUGCCUCCCGAGAACCUUACAAGAGUCAGUCUGAGAAAACUUGCCUACGGAAAAGGGAUCCUGAGAGGAGGGCCAAAUCUCCUACACCAGAUGUUUCCGAGAGAAUUGGGCUAGAAGUUGAUAGACGUGCAAGCAGAUCCAGCCAGUCAUCUAAGGAAGAAGUGAAUUCUGAAGAAUAUGGCUCUGACCAUGAGACUGGCAGCAGUGGUUCUUCUGAUGAGCAAGGCAACAACACUGAGAAUGAGGAGGAAGGAGGGGAAGAAGAUGUAGAAGAGGAGGAGGAAGUGGAAGAAGAUGCAGAGGAAGAGGAGGAGGUAGAUGAAGAGGGCGAGGAGGAGGAAGAAGAGGAGGAGGAGGAGGAAGAGGAGGAAGAGGAAGAAGAAGAAUAUGAACAAGAUGAGAGAGACCAAAAGGAAGAGGGAAAUGAUUAUGAUACUCGAAGUGAGGCCAGUGACUCUGGUUCUGAAUCUGUCUCCUUCACAGAUGGAUCUGUCAGAUCUGGUUCGGGCACAGAUGGAUCAGAUGAGAAGAAGAAGGAACGGAAGAGAGCUAGAGGCAUAUCACCAAUUGUUUUUGAUAGGAGUGGAAGCUCUGCAUCAGAGUCAUAUGCAGGUUCAGAAAAGAAGCAUGAGAAAUUAUCAUCUUCCGUUCGUGCUGUCCGAAAAGAUCAAACCAGUAAACUCAAAUAUGUCCUUCAGGAUGCAAGAUUUUUCCUCAUAAAGAGUAACAACCAUGAGAAUGUGUCUCUUGCCAAAGCUAAGGGUGUAUGGUCCACACUGCCUGUAAAUGAGAAGAAAUUAAAUCUAGCAUUUAGAUCUGCAAGGAGUGUUAUCUUAAUAUUUUCUGUCAGAGAAAGUGGAAAAUUUCAAGGCUUUGCAAGACUUUCUUCAGAAUCACACCAUGGAGGGUCUCCUAUACACUGGGUUCUUCCAGCAGGAAUGAGUGCUAAAAUGCUGGGCGGUGUCUUUAAAAUUGACUGGAUUUGCAGGCGCGAAUUACCCUUCACAAAGUCGGCUCAUCUCACCAAUCCUUGGAAUGAACAUAAGCCAGUAAAGAUUGGACGUGAUGGACAGGAAAUUGAACUUGAGUGUGGAACCCAACUUUGUCUUCUCUUUCCCCCCGAUGAAAGUAUUGACUUGUAUCAGCUCAUUCAUAAAAUGCGUCACAAGAGAAGAAUGCAUUCUCAGCCCAGGUCAAGAGGACGUCCAUCCCGUCGAGAACCAGUCCGGGAUGUGGGAAGGCGUCGACCAGAAGAUUAUGAUAUUCAUAACAGCAGAAAGAAACCAAGGAUUGACUAUCCCCCUGAGUUUCACCAGAGACCAGGGUAUUUAAAGGACCCAAGAUACCAAGAAGUAGACAGACGAUUUUCAGGAGUUCGCCGAGAUGUGUUUUUAAAUGGGUCCUACAAUGAUUAUGUGAGGGAAUUUCAUAACAUGGGACCACCACCACCAUGGCAAGGAAUGCCCCCUUACCCAGGACUGGAACAGCCUCCACACCAUCCUUACUAUCAACACCAUGCUCCACCUCCUCAAGCUCACCCCCCUUACUCAGGACAUCAUGCAGUACCACACGAAGCAAGAUACAGAGAUAAACGAGUACAUGACUACGAUAUGAGGGUGGAUGAUUUCCUUCGUCGCACACAAGCUGUUGUCAGUGGUCGGAGAAGUAGACCCCGUGAAAGAGACCGGGAGCGGGAGCGAGACCGCCCUAGAGAUAAUAGAAGAGACAGAGAGCGAGAUAGAGGACGUGACCGAGAAAGAGAGAGAGAGCGACUUUGUGACCGGGACAGAGACCGAGGGGAGAGAGGUCGAUAUCGAAGAUAGAGUCUUUGGAGGCACUGAUUGAAGUUAAAAAAAACCUUGUAUUUUUUUUUUGUGUGUGUUUACAAGUAGUAAGUUUAUUUUCAGCUGUCUUCUUAAAGUUCACUGUGUAGAAGGAUUUACUAUCACCUCUUUGUUCCAAGCAUGCAGUAUAAUAAGAACUGGAAAAACUCAAAUUGGCCAAAAAUGCAGUUGACAGUUGAGUUUGACACUUUCAUUGAGAGGCAGAAUGGAACAGUCCAGGAAUGUAGAUACUGACUCGUUCUCCAUAAAUGUUCAUCUUAUAGUGUGUUCAUUAUAGAGUUGUUUUUUACUUUCUUUCUUUUCAAUCUUAAGAUAACUGCCAUGGUAUUUUGCUUUGAUGUAUUUCUACAUGUAGUUGUACACGGUUCAGUAAAAAUAAUGCUGCUAUCACGUAUGGAAAUACUGGAAUAUGGUGGUUUGACUAUAUGGCAGUGUUGUAGCAGCCUCUUGGUUUUUUCUUUUUUUUUUUUUUUAAACUUACAAAGACUUUAUUUUUCAUUAGUCUUCAAUGAUGAGAGCAAUAUUUAGAAGACAUUGCUAUCUAAUUUUUAAUCUUUUUAAAUAAAUUCUUAUGUUCAGUAGCAUGAUUGAUGCUAUUGUUUAGCCUUCCCCUUCAAACUGUAUACAUUGGCUUGGAAUGUUCACAACUUGCUUGCGUGGCAGCAGAAGAUAAUUCCCAUAUUCUACAUUGCUACUGUUUUGUAUAAAAUAAAUUGGUAAAGAUGGACACUUCCCUGUUUUAUUUCUUGUCUAAUUGCCAGUUUGUUUUACUGUUCAUUUGAUGGACAUAAAAAUAUAAAAACUUACGCUACAUGGUAACAUCAUGUUGGUAUUUUGGCUAAAUAUUUAUAUAUCUGGUAACAUUUUGAGUGCUAUGCUGAUCACAGAAAUAAUCCUUAAUCAUUUUUUUUUUCAUUUCCUGUAAUCUACUUUGUAAAGUUUUCUAUUUCACUUCUUAAAUAGACCAAAAUUUAAUUAUUUUACAGUUGCAUAUAUCAACUGGCACGCCCUCCUACUUUUAACAGGGUAUAAAAUAGAAGUAGAGGCACGCAAAGAAACA